AUGAAUCACCCCACCAGCCUCUCAGCCCAAUACCACAUCGCUCAUAGUGUCUGGCGGCAUGAUUACGACAUCUCAGGGUCGCAUGUUUUCCACGUGGACAACUCUGCGUUCCGACCGGGCAAACCAGACCUGACAUUCCACGCCGGUCUGGACACUACCGCCCCUGUCGCGGGGGUUUGCAAGUUCCGUCACUUUUCCUCCGAUACCGAAAUCGGUCUAGGCGACCCGAGCAAGCCAGGAAUCAGUUGGGAGCGCAUGAGCCGAGAAAGCCUCCGCAAAGUCCAAUACGCUUUCCGCCUGAACUGUGGUGACGGCCGGCAACACCGCUUCACAUGGAAGAAGACUAGUUCGCUAGGCGGCAGCCAUUCUGGAAACCUAAAGCUAGUCGACGAGUCGAGCGGAAACGUGGUGGCUGUCUUUUCAUCCGGUGGAUCCUUCUCUAAGAGAACCGGCCAGCUGGACGUUUAUGCCAACUACGGUGAACGAUUCUCGAUCAUGGUGUUGAUCUCGGGCAUUGCGUUACGCGAGAAAUUGAGACGGGAGAAUAACGCUGCUGCCAGUGCAGGUGCAAGUGCGGGCUCCGCGGGGGCCGCAGGUGGGGGCUGUUAG